GUGAGCUACGGACGUGUCGCGCUUCGCCAGUCUCAGUUUAAGUCUCUAGCCGCUUUUGUCGCCGCGUCGCGCAUUUCGUUUUGCAUCUUGGAGAGCAGGUCUAAAACUCUCAACCCAACUAGUAACUUCUUCACACUUGCCUUGCGUUACUUUUUGAACUAACGCUAACGUGCAUCGUGAUCGUGUCACAAUUGAUUGAAUUUUGUGUGCAGCGCCGACAAAAAAAUUAAUACUACAUACAUACAUACAUACAUAUAUUAUUUGUAUUUGGAAAUACCGCGGUUGCGUUGUCGUCGUCUGGGACUCUGUUGUCAUCAGCGCCAAGCCGAUCAUUGUUAUUCGACUGCCUACGCCUUAAUUAUUUUGCGAAGUUGUCGCUUUCGUAGUCGCGUCUUUCGUUUCGAUUUUUGGGCAAUGCGAAAUUCUAAAUUGUUAAUUGCGUGACUAAUUUCUGAUGACAUAAAGAAAAUAAUAAUACAAAAAAUAACAAUCAUCACAUAAUCUACUAUUUGCAAUUGUUCAACACUACCAGCUGUGCCCGUACCUCUAAUCAGAAUGCUCCCCAUUACCGUUACACUGCUGCUGCUGACGCUGACGCCGACGCUGAUUGCAAGCGCACCCGCGCCAGCGCCCGACAAACUUGAUGCUAAUAAUUCACCAUUUGCAUUAGAAUUACAACCGCCCUUACUAGACAACCCAACCGGCGGCACGGCCAUCGAUAGCUAUGGCAAUCCCAUUGACACAUUGAAACCGAUCGAUACGCCCGACGGGCGCAAGGUGGUCAGCGCUCAGGGUUUGCAAUUCGAAAUACCCAAUUAUGCGUCGGGCAUUACGGAAAUACGCAAGCCAGCCGAUGAUUUGCUGCCACCGCAUAUUGGUGAGUUAAAUGUGCCAAAAUCCCCACAACAAAAAAAGAGACACUCUCAACCAAGCAAUGAACCUAACCGCAACAAAGAUGAUGCUGCUGAUGAAGGCAGCACCGCAAGCAGUGCUCAUCAGGCACAGCUCCAAGCCACAUCGAGAACCACAGCAGUCACGGCAAUCACAGCAACAACAAAUACAAAAACAACCACAAGUGCCACAGUAGCCCGCACAGGCAAAGAAAUUAACAUAAGCACUGCCAAGUCAAAAAGCAUGCGCACGCCCUCAAACACAAGCACACCCACAACCCACGUAGUUGAACUAACACCUACCAAGCGCUCCACAUAUACCACUCUUAUUGCACCUCCACCUAAUCAUGAACCCCAUGUCAAGCCCAACUUCUCCCGCCUAACAGUCAAUCCCAUUGAGCCCGAAGCCCUCGACCCUAACCCCAGUCCCGUGUCACGAUCUCGCGAUGCGAACCGCCCUUCCAACCAACGACCAAACCCCCCUCUGAGGAACGGUAACUUAAAUGCCCAUGCUCCCCAAGACUCUGAGACGAUAAAACGCAUAACCUCUAAAUACUCAACUCCACCUCCUUCCCACAUAGAUGCCAUAGCGGUGGCGCUGCCCAGCGCAGACACGGGAGACAUCGACAUCGACACCGGCACCGACACCUCAUUUGCACCACCACCAGCACUUGCCACAUCACUAACCCCACCAAUUCAUAGCCCAUCGACAGUCGUAGAGGUGGAGGAGGCACAGCUUGUGCCAGUGCCAGUGCAGAGCCAGGAGGAGAGUGCGCAGACAUUGAAGCUGGCCGGUGGAACGCUGCCCGACUACAUUCUUCAGCUGCAGACUGAGGACGCAAACAUUGGCGGGCCCGUGGAAUGGACGCCUGCGCCAAAUGGAACGCCCUUAAGUGUCAUAGCUUGGGACUUGCUGCCGCCCAUCAAGGAACCAGAACCAGAAAUAAUUACCGAGCAGCAUCCGAAGCACGUGUUGGGUAUAGAGGACCCAGUCACUCACAACAUACAUGUUAGCUUAAGCAGUGGAAGCAAUGGGCUGUCACCACAGGCUCAGGUUGUGACCGAGGGCCAGGUUUCGGUGGUUCCCCUGCAACGUGAUGGACCGGAGGGACAUGGUACUAACGCGCAUGUCGGCAGCACAACCCCACGCAAUGGACGAUUUCCAAAUCGUCAACGUGGCACAGCACACUACAGCACCACAUCCAGAACAACGACGACGGCCAGACCUCGUAGUACCAUACCUCCCACAACCACAACCACCACAACGACCACAACCACAACACCGCGAACCACUCCGUCUACAACUAGAAGAACAACCACCACACCACGGCCAAGCACCACAAGGACUACUACUGCUCUGCCAACAUUGAGCACCACACCGCUCGAUCCGGCCACCUUUUAUAAGCUGGAUAAUGAAGAGUCCUACGCCUACACCCUGCCGCCUUGGCUGCAGGAGGUCACUGAUCCGGAUUUGGAUGUUGCUGUCACCUUCAUUGUACCCACUGACAAUGAUCAAUACAAUCAUACCUUGGCGAACGAUCUAGAGCCACCGCUAGAACCGUUUGUAGAUUUACAUAACAUACAACUGACACCCCCGCCAACCCGCAGCACCACAACAACGAUAACAACAACAACUACCGUAGCACCAACAACGAGAACGACGACAACAACAACAACAACAACAAGACGGCCACAGUCAACUACGCGCCCUAAUUGGGUGCGCGCCACCGCCGCAGUAACACCCAAAAUCAUCACGAAUGCACCCACAUUUAAUACGCACACAGAUCAGGUCGCCAGCACCACACAACAACAUCAACAACAAGGUUUUACAGCUACUACAACCACCCACACAGAUCCGCUAUCGAAGCAACAGCCACCCAAGCCUUUUGAGCGCGCAACAACAACGACAACUGCUGCACCAAUUGCAGAGCGGAAUCCAUUCGACUCGGCCACCAUCCCACCCUGGCUGGUAGACUUCGAUUACCCUGAUGUCGGACCAGGCGUACCCUACAAUCCGGACAACUUUAAGGACACGGGAAGCAGCACCGUCCACCAUCAGUCAGGAGGUACUAAGCCCAAUGACUUUAAGCCCCACGGCUUCACUCAUCAAACCACUACGAAUGCCAACUUCGCCACCGCCACCGCCACCGCUGGCGUUACCAUAUCCCAAUCCAAUUCCCCACCAACCUCCUUCGCAGGCCAAACUGUAACAACCUCUUCUGCUUUCCCAUCAAAAGUCACGCUUCCGCUUCCAUCCAUCGACAGCGAUACAGUGGAGCCGCCACUAGUACUUAUACCGCCAGCGGAGCAAGUCGAUGACAGCGCCACUGACGAUGUGGCUGCCAAUCAUGUGCACGGCGGCCAGCACAACAAGCAUAUUGCCCUUGCCACUCACACGUCCACACACUUUCCCACUAGUACAAACUCUGUAACACAUUUUGCAGCUCAUCUGGAGCCACAGGGCUCGUCCACACAACCGCCUCUGCCCGUCCUUGAUGAGCAGUUCCCGCCCUUCCAGCAAUCGCCAUCUCUACCUGCAGGAGACGCAGCCAACAAAAAGAUUGAAUACACCAAAAGCGAAGAGGGCAAGGUUAUUACAACCCCAGUGACUAACGGCUUAGGUGCACAGCGCAAAGAUGCAGAAUCGAACAACGUCUUUACAGGCUUCGGCAGUAGCAGCACCACUCGCGUCAACACUGUUGGUGGUGCCGCCAUUCCUCAAUCGACUCCCUCUACCAGCAAUACUGGCAAGUACACCGGCAGCUUUGGUGCACCCGCUGGUCUGCUAAAACCACUGGGCAGCGUCUCCAGUACAGCCACUGUCCCCGCAGCCAAACCGAACAUCUAUGUAGCUGGCGACGAGCACGAGUUCAGCCACAACGUGAGGGGUAACAAGGCGCGACCUACAGCCAAUCCAGGUCGUUAUACGGGUGGAUUUGGUGCCCCCAGUGGAGUAUUGUCGCCACAAGGCGGUGAACCACGGCCCUUCCAGCAGCCUCAACAGUCCCGACAGCAUAAUUUGGUCGCAGCGGCCUCUUCUACGACAUCCUCGUCCAGCUAUCAAAGCCGCUUCGGAGGUCCACCCGGCAUAUUGGUUCCAUUCGACAAUGUGCAGCGUCCGGCACAGCAGUAGGCGUGGCACAACGCCCACUUAAUUCACUACACGUACUUUAAAUUAUUUAUCUACAUAUGUUAAAGUUUUGUAAGCUGUCAUAAUCUCGUUGUAGCCACCAGCCCUUCCCAAGAAGAAACCCUCGAACGAAUUUUGCGAUUUGUCGAUAUUGUUUGUUUUACGAUUAAUGUAAAGGCCCCGUCAUACCAUGGGUAUGUUAUGAAUGUGCUUGUAUAUAAUGUGGAAUAUCAAUUAUACAAUAAAUGUUUAAAUCAUUACUAUUUA